AUGGCGAACCACAGCCUCUACGACUCGUCGCUCCCGCCCCUGCCGACCUACACGCUCGAGCCGAAGCCCGACCUGCUGCCCUUCAUCUCUGACCUCUGGCUGUCACUGGUCCUGCCCGUCGUCGUCUACUGGGUCGCUUCGCUCUUCUUCCACGCCAUUGACACGCUCGACCUCUUUCCCCAGUACCGCCUCCAUACCCCGGAAGAGAUCACCAAGCGUAACCAUGCCACUCGAUACGAAGUCGCGCGCGAUGUCAUUAUCCAGCAAAUCAUCCAGGUCAUCACCGGAUAUGCGCUGGCGAUAACCGAGCCCCAGGAGAUGAUUGGCAAGACGGACUACGACAUUGCCGUCUGGGCCACCCGCAUCCGCCUUGCCCAGCGCGCCUUGCCUGGCCUGCUUGGCCUGGUCGGGCUCAACGCCACCGCCAUCUCCAAGAGCAUGUCGUCGUCCCAUCCUCUGCUCGCCGGCGUCCUGGCCGGUGGCUACUAUCCCGUCACCUCUACCGACUCGGCCGCCGCCGCUGCUCCGACCUUUACUGCGUGGGAAUUGACCCUUGCAAAGGCCAUAUACUACGUCUUCAUCCCCGCUGUGCAAUACUUUGUUGCCGUCUUCAUCCUCGAUACCUGGCAGUACUUUCUUCACCGACUGAUGCACGUCAACCGCUGGCUGUACACAACUUUCCACUCUCGACACCAUCGUCUCUACGUCCCUUACGCCUACGGUGCCCUUUACAACCACCCGCUGGAGGGCUUCCUCCUCGAUACCCUUGGCGCCGGCAUCGGAUUCAAGGUCACGGGCAUGACUCUGCUACAGGGCACAUGCUUCUUCGCCUUCUCGACGAUCAAGACCAUUGACGACCACUGCGGAUAUGCCUUCCCCUGGGAUCCUCUCCAGCUCAUCACGAGCAACAAUGCCGCGUACCACGACAUUCACCACCAGAACUGGGGGAUCAAGGCCAACUUCUCACAGCCCUUCUUCACCUUCUGGGAUCAGCUGUUGGGUACAAAGUACAACGGAAACCGCACCAACCGUCUGGGCCAACAGAAGCAAGCCGAAAAGGCUCAGUGA